AGUCACGGUAUGAGUAAGACUAAUAUGGUUAGUAGACGAGUAGAGGGUACUUGUCCGCACCUCACCAGAGAUUGCAGCCAAAAAUGAGUGAACAUCCUCUAAAAUAGAUAGGGAUGACGAGGUAGCAAGCUGCAUAAAAAUUGCGAAGAACAUCAAACGCUGAAAUGACGGUGCCAAGUGUGGCCGUUUGUUCCAUGAACAAUCAGGAUGGUUCGGGGACGCAGGACCACGAGGACGGCGCUCUUUAUCCGGUGGAAUUGCAGUAAUGUCUGAAGGCAAAUGUUCUAAAACGCCCUGUUGCUGUUGUCGAAACCGAAACUAACUUCGACUGAAUAGGGGCCGCCCAGAAGUCCUGAUCGUCGCGUAGUUGUACAACUUCAUCACUACAUUGUACAUAGUUCUAUGUAUGGACAUGCAUGGUUUCUUUGCCCUUGAUACAGAAAGAUGAAGACGGUCGUGCAGUGGGUUUGUCAUCGUGACCCAGCAGGAGACAAAAAAGGUAGAACCACACCCGUGGCCGUGCUGCGCUUCGCACAGUAAUUGCAGGCUUUCUUUUCCUAGUACUCCUACUUCCUGCAUAAUAAGGAAAUUGUGCGCGGAAAAUGUAUUGCCCCUAUGAUCCACUUCCACAAGUAAAUUCAUUAUUAUUCCAUGCAUUUGGAUUUGCAUUUGUUGCUUGAUUUAGGGUUUCAUUUCCAACAGCAGAGGCAGACACGACUGGCGUGAAGAACAAGUACAAGCUGAAGAGAUUUGCAAUGCAUCAUAGUGCGCCGUCGACGUCCUCCGGAGUUGCAAAAGGAUUGGAGGUGGCCGCGGAGCAGCACAAAGAUGGAGAUACGGAUACCUAUCAACCUCCCCCGCGUGCGAUGGACGAGCAAUGGGCUUCCGCAUCUUCUUCAUCAGCAUCGUCCUGCCCCGACGUCACCGAAGACGUGCGUGGCUUUCGGGUGGUCGCCGGCGAAGUGUUGUAUGACGAGUCUGAUAUCGCACAAAAAAAAACUGUACGGCACACCGAAAUAGACUUGGUGUUUGUCUUUUGCUUUUCUAACAGUUUCUGGCUUGCCUUGGCAGCUAAUACACUGCCGAAGAAUCUUGCUCCAAAGAAACAUUGUCUUUUUUCACACGCAAAAUAAAGUGUAUGAAUUUGAAUACACGAGAAAAAAAUCAAGGGCAGCGUUCUUCUUCUUCUUGCAGGCCGCUUUGGGCGACCCCUGUCAACUUCUCGCGGAAGUUGUAGACAUUUAUCUUCAUUCUGGGCUAAAGAUAUUUUUUUGAAAUUGGCAGCUGUGGCUUCGCAGUUUCUUUCUGUCCGAUAUGCGAGGAAAGUGAGCAGGUUGCUCUGCUGCAUGCGGAAUACCCGGACGAGUCCACAGCGACCAUUUCGCGCUACCUCCAGGCGCGCAACUUUGUGCUGCCGAAAGCCCGGGACAUGCUGUCUUCGCACCGCGCGUGGCGAUCAACCCUGGGGGAAAUCAAUCGCGAGAACACAGACUUUUCUCCCGCACUGAAGACCGGCUGCUGGACGUAUGAUGGGAUAAACACGAAAGAAUGGUCAUCUUGGCACCACGACCACGGUCUUCAUCAAUGUCUGCGGAGAUGAUGAAAUUUCGCAAGACAAGAGAGAGCUGCAAGGACCCCUCUACUUACAGCAGCAGCUCUUUUCUAUAUCCGGUUACUUAUUGCGUUUGUGCUCCUGUGCAGGUAUCAGAAAUAUGUAUUUGAAUUAGUGCAAAACAGAUGCCCAAUGUGCCUCUUCGGGACGACGAGGACGGAGCAGAAUGAAGAUGAUGGGUCAUCUUUACUGAGACUGGCUUGCAGGGGAAGACGUAUUGCUAAAGUGAUGCUGAAGAUGAAGGCAUUUUUUUGUAGCAUAGAAGCUGCCUCGGUUUCACCGCGAAUGGAGAGCCAGUACGCACUUAACUACUUGGUUCUAGUUGUGCAGUGAUGUAGUUUAUCGAAGAGCGGCUACCCCAGAAAAAGGUGGUCGUGGUCCUCUUUCAUGUCCCCUGCGGGCGGCUGCGUUGGCAGACGCCAAGUAGUAUGAUGAGAGAAGCGCAAGAAAGUCACUCUCAUUGCAGUUCUAGUAUUAAGUUCGACCACAUGAAAACUAUGAGUCAUCAAGUGUUUUUAUCAUCUUGGUGGUGCACUGUAGUGAAAGUGUGCCUGUAACUCCAACAGGCACUCUUGGACAAGAAUUCUUGUUGUGAAGAAAACUCCGCCUCAACCUUAAGCAACUAUUCUCGUCGUGGAUUUGUAUUUCGUUGGCUUGAUCUUGAGAGACCUUGCAUACCGCAGUGAGUCGUGGGAUCGCUGUGGUCUGCGUCCCAGCCUUAGCACACACGUUUUGGUCUGCGUCGCAGCCUUAGCACACAUCCAAGGGUGGUUUUAACGAGUGCAAUUUCGCAUCCGUGCUGCGUCUAGUUCAUCUUCUAGUAGUUUUUAUCUUGAGAGUAUGAAAGUUCUCAAAACUUCAAGAAAUAUUUGUUUGGUGUACGAAGAAGCUAGAUAGCCGCCGCUCGGAUUCUCUGUGCGUCGCUGCCUAGGUCGUUGGCAUCUGCUGGUCACAGGUCAACCACAGCCAGAGAAGUAUGCCGCUCAUGCUCUUGCAUUCAGAAAAUGUUUGAUUUUUUUUUUUUGAAUUUGCGUGAGCAAUAAAAAUAAAAUUUUAAGUUUUCGCGGUUUUUCCAAAAGGAUAAAAAUAAAAUUUUGAAAUUUCGCUAUUUUUCUGAUUUUUGGCUGUCAAAAUAUAAAGCACGUAUGAAGUCUCGUCUGCGAUCGAGAGCAGUCUCAUAUAGUUUCCCGUGGACGAUAAAAAUAAAAUUUUAAAAUUUCGCGAUUUAUUGUGUUUUUUGGUGCAGGGUAAAAAUAAAAAGCGCUCGAGUACCUAGAUGGCUCCUUUGCUAUGAGGUAGCUCUGGUUCGUUCCAGAACAUCCUCUAUGUUUGUAUUAAUAUGCAACUAGCGCAUUCUCAUCUCAUUUAGUGGGGAAUGGUGGAGGGUCCACGUGGGUUUAGCUCGGUCGACCCCGCGGUUAGGAGGCGGUCUCUUGUCUAGCCGGAUCAUCGCGUUGCGAUGCGCGAUCCCGAAAAAAAUAGGCUCCCCGUAAAAUAGACUCAACCGACGUGCACACUGUGCCCGAGCCACCAAAAGCAAAAUAAGUAAAUGCCAGGUCUGUUUUAGGAAGGGCGCAGCUCCUCCAACCCAUCGGGUUCGGGAUCCGUGCACGCACGGCUACUUCUUCCAUUCGUGCGGGAUGCCUUAAUUUCGCUGCACUUGUAUCCGUUUAGGAACGCCCGUCGUACUGCUCUACUUCGCCAACCAGAAUGGAACUGCGAGCAAACAAAGCCUGCACUACCCGCCUUAUCCCUUGACCUCCCCGGCAAUAGAGGCGCCCGUGAAACAAAUACUCACCGCGAUGCAGUAGAAGCAUAUAGAGAAAGUUAAAACUAAAACAGAUCCUAUUCGUGCGAGCCGGGUUAUGGAAUCCCCACGAGGUAUCAAAGUGAAGAUAAGAAAAACUUGCGCCAGGACAGACACUGUACUAAUUUAGAAACGGCGAUGAAGGCAAGGAUCAUGUAAUGUGUCCGCGAGAUUUGUACUCGUGUUUGCGUCUGCCUAACGGUACGUUGGACAGGAAAACGAAAACAAGAGCUAUCUACAACUUCGAGUCUAUCUUUUUCGUGUAUGGUGGUCGUUGGAAAGACACGUAACCGUAGCGGAAAUUUACGAUCUGCUUCGGCAGCGACCCAAGGCAUUCCACAGAAUCUCCUAUAUAGAUAUACAGAAUCUACUGUGGUCAUGGAGUCCGUCGGCCCGCAUCUCUACAGACCCUUCCCUUGUCUUCUUCUUGAUCGCAGAGCUAGUACCUGCAUUUUUGUAAAAUAAAAGAAGCAAUCACGGGCGAGCAGUGGGUAUGCAAUCCUGUUGGAAAUAAAUCCAAGGUAAAGCUAAAAAUUAUACAUCACUCUGCUACAACUGCUGCAAAAAUAAAGCAAACUUAAGGACAAAAGCAACAGCAACUACCAGGGGAUCAAUCAUAAAGUUUUUCUUUAUUUUCACACACUUCCAUACGAGUACAGCCUGGAUCAGUACGUGCGGUAUGUGGUCUAUUUUGUGGAGCGUAUCUGCAGCAUUGUGGACGACAACGCGGCGACCAGCUACCCCUUCUGCCGCGGCUUUCUGAUUCUGUUCUAUGGCGUUCUCAACUGUUACAUUCUCAACUGUUACACGGAUUUGUCAUGCAAAACUACGCACCUUAAACCUCCAGAUGAUCAAGCGGCCACGCAUGACAAACGAACCUCCGAAGGGCUAAACAGGACGUAAAUCUCUGCCAAAUCUGUGAUGCGAAAGCAGCAAUCUUGCCUCUUCGGUUGUUGCUGUUCUUGCAUGACAAAUUUCAUGUAACAGUUGAGAGUGUAACGUUUGAGAACGCCAUAUGUUCGACCUGAAGGGUUGGGCCCUGUGGCACGCGAAAUACUUCAAGUACCUGCAGCAGCUGAUCAACAUAUCAAAUGUAAAAAUGUCUGGGUCUGGAACUUUUCUAGACUUGUCAUGCAGGUUUUCCAUGAUCCAUAUGGUCUGUAAUGGAGGACCUAGCAUGACAGAUUCCGUGAGAUCACUAUCAUGCCUAUCCUGCAUGAGAAACUUCCUCCCAACUUUAUCAAAAUGGAAACUUCCUCCCAACUUGAAACUUCCUCCCAACAUGAGAAACUUCCUGUUCUAACGCCCACCCGCCAGGAGUCAAAUGGUACUACUACUACUAACUUGAUCAAAAUUGGACAGCAUUUGGGAAUCACGCAACACUGAUUUUUGCAUGAUUCAGAUUUAACAUGACAUGUUCCGACCUUCCAGACCCAGACACUUUUGCACUUGAUACAACAUCACGCAAGAUCAUAAUCCACAGCGCCUGGCGAAGGCCUACCUGAUCAACGCGCCCCAGAUAUUCAACGCGGCCUGGAAGGUGAUUAGUCCGUGGUUGAACGAGCGCACGCGGCGAAAAGUUGCGUUUCUGAAGCAAGUGCCCAGUCGCGAGAAACCGACAGGGGCGGGGAGCACUAGCAGUAAUAUUAAAGGCGACACGACCCUGAAAGACAAGAUGGCGAGCAAGUUUAACUCGUGGAAGAAAAAGAAUCCGUUUGCGAGGAGCAAAGUAUUCCAUGAAAAUUAACCAUCCCCAUCCAAUUUCUCAUGCAAAGAAACAUGUAGUAACUAGAUCUAGAACUAAAGUCUGUGUCUGUCAUGCAAAAAGUGGAUGGGGAUGGUUAAUUUUCACGCAAUACAAAGACAAGGCAGCACACACAGCGGAGACGAGCACGUCUUCGGCGGUGUGUGGCGGUGACGAUGAUGAGGAGGACCAAGAAGACGAAAAGCGGGGCGGAGCUGCAAACGGGGCUGGGGACGAGCCAGUGGGGCUUAACGCGCAAUCAGACACGCCGUCGACCGCCGCGGUUGAGGACGUAGUUGCGUUGCCCUUAUCACCGGCCGAAAAGGUCGAAGCGCAGGCAGAAGCCGUGCGCACUCUGCUUCGCGACAGACUCGCACAAAUGUCGACUCUGGUGAAAACUAAAACGGAUCACGACGUGGUCCCAAAAGCCUUCACGGUCUACGGAAUUCCGUGCUCCUCCCUGCGUCAAGCGCGUAUGCUGCACGAACAAAUGCUCGAGGUGAAAAAGACCCUGCCGCCCGAAGUGGAACUUUUUCUGGAUGUGCCCAGUGAGCUUCUCCCCAAAUCGCUCGGAGGACUGAAGGAGACGGCCGCCGUUCCCAACAUUCCCGGCGAACCGAUCUACUCGGAAGUAGGCGUGGCGAACGAUUCGUGCACGCUGCCAAGCUAG